CCAUAUCUACGAAGUGUUAUCCAGAGUGUUAGCCAAGCAGCGAUACAGAUAUCCAGGUCUACAGAGAGGUAUCCAGAGAGUUAUCCAAGUAUACGAAACAGAAUUCGAGAUUUUCCAGUACUACGAUCCAGACCAACAUUCAAAAGCAACAUUGAAGUAAGAUAGUGAAGAAGACGAUUUGGAUGACGACAAUAAUGGCGAUCUUGAUGAAGAUUUUGAUAAUGAGCCUCGGGCUGGUUGUAGCAGAAACUGAUUAUAAUAUAACGGAAUUAAAAGGCAAUAUAUAUAAAGAAGAAAUAGGAAAAGUGUAUUUAUAUUCAGAGGAAUGGAAAUUGAUGAUUAUGAUAAACAUUACAAGAACCGAAGAUAGAAUAGUUGUUAUUCAAAAAGUGUUAACGCAGGUUAGUCAUCUUUGCAUGACUAAAUGUCAAGAAAAUUACGAAAUUAAAACUAUCUCUUCUAGAUUUAGUCGUUUAAGAAAAAAGGAAUCACUAUUAUAUAACAUAAUGGGUAAACAAAGAGUUAAAAGAGGACUUUUAAAUGUAAUAGGAGACGCAUCAAAAAUAUUAUUUGGCACAUUAAGCGAUUCAGAUUUAAAUAUAAUUAAUAAAGAAUUCGAUCAAUUAUAUAAUGAUAAUAAGGUCUUAAAUGAAGCAAUUAAAAACAAUACUAAAGUAAUAAAAAUGAUCUUAGAUUCAUCAUCUCAAGAUUAUAAGUUCUUAGAAAAUAAACUUGUAGCAGACUACGAUAUACUAAACCAAAUGAAAGCAGAAAUAAAUAAUAACAAAAAGAGUUUGUUUAUUCAACAAAAAUUAUUAAUAGCUGAAACGUUAAUAGAAGAAAUGAACGACGACAUAGAUUUAGCAAUAAGUUCAAUUAAUUUAGGGAAGCAUGGAAUUAUAAACCCCCAAAUUUUAACGCCUAGAAUGUUGCAUGAAACAAUUGAUGGAUUUGAAAAGGAAUUUAGGACUAAAUAUCACAUCGAAAGCGAUGAAAGAAACUAUCAACAUAUUAUAGACAUUAGUGAAAUUACUACAAUUAUAAAAAAUCAUCACUUAGUAUACAUAAUUAAAAUUCCGAUUUUAGAUGAAAAAGAAAUGACAAUAGUAAGAAGUUUACCAAUUCCAGAACGAAUAAUUAAUGGUCAAGCUAUGGUGUUUUUACCAAACCACGAAUAUAUUUUGCAAACGAAAACUGAAUACGUACCGAUUGAUAAGACAGAUUUAGAAAAAUGUAGUAAUAUAGAAGACUAUAAAAUUUGGAAUAGAUGUAAGCUAUAUACGAAUGAAAUAAAGCUAGAUCUUAAUAAACCGAUGAAAAAUAUAAGUAGAUACUUUGAGGAUAAAAUCACAAUAGAAUUAGAUUUUGAGAAAGACAAUUUAAAAUUAAUUAAUGAUAAAUUACCAAAAUUACCAAGAUUUCUUAAUUUAGAUAGAAUAAAAGAAGCGAAAAUUAGUAUGGAAGAUACCGAAGCGAUGCUAGAUAAAUUAAAGACACAUGAAAGAUUUAAGAGUUGGACAGAAAAGUCUUUGACGUAUUUAGAGUACAUAGGAUAUGCAAAUCCAACGCAGUAUGUAGCUACUGAGAAAAAUCUACCAGGAUUAAAUUUUGAAUUACAUUCGAAACCUCCUAGAAGGAAACCUGCAUCGAAUUUUUAA